GGAAGUUAGUCAAUAAGUAUUUUUAUAUCAUACGAGUACAAGUUUUACACUAGCGGAGACGUGAUUAUGACUGUGCUACCGACUGGCGUAAACAUGACUGCAUUUGUGUUGAACUAAAAACUGAGUGCAAUACCCUCAACCUGUCAAGAUGAGCAUGCUCACAGUAGAGGAGUGUGAGCUCCUCACAGACUCCAAGUACCGCUCGUACAUUACUCAUGUGGAGAAAGCCCUCCGCAACUUUGAGUACACCAGCGAGUGGGCAGAUCUCAUUUCCGCAUUAGCCAAACUGAACAAGGUGUUGCUGUCACAUAUGAAAUACCCUGUGAUCCCCAAGAAAGUGACGAUUGGCAAACGUCUGGCCCAGUGCCUGCACCCGGCUCUCCCCAGCGGCGUACACCUCAAGGCCCUGGAGACGUACGACAUCAUCUUUAAAUGCAUCGGCACCCAGCGGCUGGCCCACGACCUGUUCAUAUACAGCGCCGGGCUCUUCCCGCUGCUCAGCCAUGCGGCCAUGAGCGUGAAGCCAAUCCUGCUGACCGUCUACGAGAGGCAUUUUGUGGCCCUGGGCAGACACAUUAAGCCUGGUCUCAACGGGCUUCUGCUGGGCUUGCUUCCAGGCCUGGAGGAAGGGGCGGAGUAUUAUGAAAGGUAUCUAGUGUCUGUGCAUGCCUUCAGGACUCGAGUGUGCUGGUACAGAGAAGCAUGCUGGACUUCCUCCUGAUGGCCUUCCCCAUGCACAACGGCCAGCUCACCCGAGCUGACCAGGCCAAAGUGGUGGAGGCAGCUGUCAACGUGGUGCUGCGUCGCGACAUGUCGCUCAACCGGCGGCUCUACGCCUGGCUGUUGGGGACGUCCACAACUGCCACCACUGCUACUGUCACGGUGGACAGCUCCUCCUCGGCUCGUCAGAGAGCCGACAGUUCCUCAACCACCAGUGAAAUGGAUCUCAGCUAUUUUCAAACCUAUUCCAAGGAACUGCUUGUCUCUGCCCUGAAGUCAAAGCUGAUGGCCGUUGAUGGUCCAAGCUUUAGUGCCAGUGACGUCCAGCUAGGUGUGCUCAAGCCAUUCCGCAUCCUCAUCAGUCUGCUGGACAAGCCAGAAAUUGGUCCAGUGGUCAUCGAAAAUGUGCUUCUGUCUGUGUUCCGCAGGCUCAAAGUCGAGGGGGACCUGUACGCCAAGACAGAAUCCAGCAAAACCAGCGGCUUGUCGGAGAGCCGACUUCCUUUAGAGACACUGAAAACAGCCAAUUUACUGUUUGGCUCCUUCGAGCCUUAUUUCAUAUGGGAUUUUAUCGCACGCAUGUUCAGCUCUGCCUGUGAUCAGAAGAACACGGGAGGGGAGACCACUUCAGGCGACAGCGGGGGAGAAGUGGUGGCGAUAACGGAGCUCUGUCAGCUGGUGGAGUUUCUUUUGGAUGUCAUAGCUUUGGAUGUGUACCCUGAGACUACAACGGAACAUCUCCCUGACCUGUUGAGACAGGUGAUCUCCUCUCUGACCUCAGCCUGUGACACCAUCACAGAGGCUGAGGUGACCACCACACUGCAACUGUGCUCCUGUCUGCUGGCCCGUGUCCAGCCAUCCAUGGCUGGCCAUGUUCUAGAACAUUCUCUCUCCAUGGAUGGAGGUGACAACAUAAGUGUGUUCAGCAAUUCUGAACUUUCCCACGGGCUGGAUGGGUUUAAAGGAAAGGGUGGUCCGGCUGAGAGGAAAGUGGAGGAGGAGGAGGUAGAGAAAACAUCCAAGCCUUUGGCAGAGGCAGCUGGAGAGGAAAAAACCAGUGGUGAAGACGUGAGUGGUUCAAAAGUAGAGAAUGGAGCUGAGAAACUAAAAUCUGAAGAGAAGUCGGCUGUUGGUGAAAAUGGAAAAGAAAAUGAUUCUCUCGAGGUGUCGGAACCUGUUAAAUCGGAAGAGACUGCAGACACAGAGAGUGGCAUUUCUCUCUCUCAUAGUGAUAGUGUGAUUUCUCAAGGGUUAAGUGCGUCUACAGGCACCGGGACCGCUCUGACCUCGGCUGCUUCAGAUAGUGGAGUGGACAAAUCGGCUACCUCACCACAGGAACCAUCAACAAGCGCAUCUGAAUCCACGGAAACAGUUGUGUCAAAGAACAAAGAGGGGCAGACCACAGCGCCCCCUGCCUCGUCCGCUGGCAAACCCAUCUCCUCUCAGACUAGCAUCAACAACAAACUGUGGUCAGGUCACUUAAGCCUUAUGCAGCUAUGUGUUCAAAGUUUUCAACAGUUCUUCCAUCGCUUUUGCCACUUGCGCAUCCUCAAGUCUGAAGAGUUCUGUAAAGGGAGGCUUCAGCACCUGCACAGAUGCAACGGGGUUGUGACAUCACCGCAGUCAUCGUCUGCCCAGAAUGGGCGUACUCGAGAGGUGAAAGAUACCUCAGGACAGCGGUACAGCGUGAAUCCACUCACCAACAAGUUGUGUUUGUCGGAUGACAGCGCAGAAGCUGAGCGUGCUUUUAACCAAGCGUGCAGGCUUCUGGUGGAUUUUGCCAGCUUCCCCAUCUACUGUACGGAUUACGAGACUGUCAUUGAGCAGAUGUGUAGCAAAGAAGAAGCCUCCACCCUCCCCCCGUGGCUUCAGGACCUCCUGCUGUGCUCCUGCUAUGUGGAGAGCUUCCCCGUGCAGAGCUCCUCCAUCUCCACCAUGCUGGACCUGGUCAUCCUCACGCAGUCCGUGCAGACGGAGAGCGAGAACAAGACCCGCAGCCACACCCACCGCUCACACAGCGAGGGUCGCAUCUCCGUGGUCAUCUUGCCAGCCCUCCUGCCCACCCACCUGGUUUAUAUCAACAUGCACACUUGUUUUUACAGGCUGGUAGCGUGCGAGCUGUGGGCUCACCUGGGAGAGAAGACGACCGACAGGCACCAGAAGGCUGUGGGACUGUUCCACUCCCUGCACCAAGUGACCCCCAAUGCUAAUGUCUGUGAGGAUGUUAUAGGAAGAGACCUCAUUAGUGAUUCAGAGACAAGUCGAAUUGCAGCAUUUAAAAAGUUCAGCAUCCUGUGGCAUCUGACCCGUUCCUUGAAACUGGAACCAAACCCAUCUAUCAGUCCCCGCACAUUUGACAGGUCGAUGUUUGUGGUGUUGGACAGCCUGAAAGAGGAGUCGGGCAUCACCAAGACCCUGGCCUUGACCUGGCUGACCCAUGUAAUCCAACGAGGAGACACCAGCCGUGUCCUGCAGCCCCUGCUGCUCAUGCUGCUCCACCCAGACACAGCACGCAUCUCCAUUCAGCAUGUGAACGUGCACAAACCCAAGCGAGUGUCAGUGUCUGAGGACGGGGAGGAGGAUCUGGAGGCUAAGAUCUACGCCAUCAGCUCAGAGGGCGGGAACGUCAUCUACCACCUGAGCCAGGGAAAGUCGCCGGGACCCGGCAGGAAACAUCUGAAGAAGUCAAGCGAGGACCUCAAGUCCUAUGCCCUGACGGUGAUGAACCACAAGAGUGGGCCUAGUACGGCGCCCGUCCGCACGCACUCGGUCACCGACCUCUCUUUCGAAAGGGUAAACCCAGAGAAUGUGAAGCUGCGCAUCAACCCAUUUGGGUCGGAGAGUUCGUUGGAUAAGCUCAUUUUUGACGGGUAUGACUUCCCCCAGUCUGCGUCAAUGCCAAAUCUGGAAGGGGUGAAGAGACUGAACAGUGAUACUUGUAAGAAGGAGGGCAUCUUUUUUGAUGGAACAGAGGUGGUGGAGGAUCAGAUGGAUGCUGCGGAGGAGGGAAGGGACAGUUCUCCAAGGACACUCUCCAGUGUGAAUGAGAGCGAGAGGGAGGAAUUAGAAGAGAUAGAUGAUGAGAAAGAGGAGGAAAGUGAACAGCUGGAUAGAAGUGAAGAGAGUGAGAAAGACAUGAGCUCUGAAGAAAUAGCACAGUGGAUUCUUGAAGGUCUGAUUUCUUCUGCCGUACUUCAGAAUGGUACUAAAAAUGAAAGUGAGGCUAGCGAAGCUGAGACGAGUUUCAUCAUCAAGUCUCCAUCGAGCUCGGAUGUUGAACAUGUUUUCAGCUCUCCCAGCCUUGAUGACCUGCGGCGAGCGGAUGGAGAUUCGACAUCCGGCAGCGAAAGCGGAGACAUGAAACCCAUGUUGACUGACAGUACUGAUGGGCGGUUGGCAAUCAGUCUCAGCUCCAGCUAUACACAAGGUGGCAGCACAGGCAGCCUGUCUGGGGGCGGUCAGGAUGGAGACAUGACCCGCCUGGCUGUGGAUCACCGUGACCUUGACCCAAGCACAGACAUCCACGAGCUCCACAUGCACAUCUUGCUGUACUGCCAGAAGUUUGACUACCAGCGCACCAUCUACGCCCUGUCCACCAUCCGGGCCAUGCUGCUCAGCUGCCCGAGGCUGGUCGUCACGGCAAUGGCCACCACAAGCAUCAGCUCUGUGCGGCCCCCUCACCUGGCCAAGCUGCAGUCUCUGCUCGGUCGUCACAGAAAGUCUGUGUUUGGCAAGAAUUUCUUUGGUGACCUCCCGCCUGAGGUCAUGUCCAGCUACCGCAGCAACAUGUUUGUGGAGAUUGUCAUCUCUCUCUGCCUGUACUUUGUGCGCGGCUACUACCCCAAUCUGAUGAUCAGCAAACUGACGUCUGAAGAGCUGCUCGGAAAUAAGAUGGUUCACAUCUUGGGUGUGGAGAUCCUGACUCUGCUCGUCUCAGAGCUUCUGUCCAUCAUGAAGGAGAGCGGCAAGAACUUUGUGUCCUAUAUCUCAGAUCUGCUGUCUCGCUGCAAACUUCAGAAGUCUCUUCUACACUGUAUGCUGGCCUCUGUGUACAACCAGGGUCGCAGCGCCCCCGCCCACAACAACAACACCAGCAGCAACAACAAAAACAACAGGCAGCAGUCUGCAGCCUCUGGAGGUGGCGAGGGCAGCGGCAGCUACAGCCGCGACGCAGUCAAGCUCACAGAGAUGAUUAUCGACUUCAAUGAGAAUAGCCUUGACCCUGGGGUUAACGACACAUUCCAGACGAAGCUGUUGCAGCUAAUGCUGGUGAUGAUCAUGCUGGAGGAGCAGAUCCGCAUCGCACGCGGGGGAGGAGAUUCCUCUGGGACCGAGCCUCAGCGCACACACCUCUCGUCUUCCCUGCUGAACGUGCACUACAACCCAAGUCUGCCGGUGAUCCAGCAGGAGAUGUUCCUGUCGGCGGUCUGGAGCGCCCUCAAGCAGCACCACCAGAGCCACCUUCACCGUCACUGGCUGGGUCUGCUCACCUCUGCCCUGCCUUACAUGGGCAAGGCUCUGUCCCGCACCGUGCUCUGUGUCGUGCUGCAGCUGUGCCGGAAUCUUGAUAUUUUAGCGGCUGACCUGUCGAGAAAUAAGCCGUGCAUGCAGCGAGUCCCGCCCGACCACAUGCUGAGCAUGCUGGAGGGACUGACCACCAUGUGCCACUUCUGUCUGUUGGACAACACUAGCCCCGUGUCCAUCGGCCAGCCCGCCCCCACCGCCACCAACAUCUCCACGGAGACGGCCAGUGCCGGACAGAUACUGACCAACCUGAUUCAUGUGUUCAACCCGGUUAUGAGUGGAAAGGAGCCCAGCCCAGCACGAGACUCUGCCCCGGUGUCACCGGUAUUGGAGGCUCGGGCACGUCUGCUCAGCAUCCUGCCUCGCAUCAUGGCCUGCAUGGCCACCCUGUGGAAGGCUGUCUCUGUCGGGGGAGAGGCUGGGGAGGCCACACCCUCCAGCCACCCAUAUGUUGGAGACUACAAGGAGGUCCGCCAGCAUAUCCUGGAGCUGCUGAGCCCCAUCUCUCUGCCGCACGGCACUAACCUUCUGGCGGCCUUUGCUGUGGCCUGGAAUGACCGGAGGCAGAAGACAGCCGGGGCUUCACAAUCCAAGAAGAAGGGGAUGCCACUGGAGGUGAAUCUGCUCCAGUUCUUUUAUGCGUACGUGCGUAAGACGGCGAGCAGCUCCCAGUUGGCUGACUCUUGGCCCUCCCUUCUGGGUCUGCUCAAGGAGUGUCUUCAGCUCAACCUCUCUCCACCGGCCCUCUUCCUACUGCUGCAGAUCCUGCAGGAGUUUGUACAGAAGACUCCGUCAAUGGAGGAGAAGAAAAACCAGAAGGAGCUGCAGGACAUUUGCCAGAAGGCUCUGGAGUCCAUCUCAGCCAUCGCAGGGUCGUCCCUCGAGCAGACCACGUGGCUGAGGAGGAACUUUGCCGUGAAGCCUGGACCCCAGAACGAGGCUGAAGAUGACGCUGAGGUCCCGGAGGACACGGAGGAGGCGGCGAAACCCGAGCCCAGCAAGACUUUCAUACGACGCAGCCAGGCUUCGGACUCCAAGUACAGUGUGCAGGCGUUGGGAUUUCUGGCAGAGCUGACCGCUCCGAUACUGGAUGUGAUAUACAGCAGCGAAGAGAAAGACCGCGUUGCUCCAUUCCUCACUACUUUGCUCUACAAUGUCUUCCCCUACCUCAGACAUCACAGCUCCCACAACUUGCCCAGCUACCGGGCCUGCAGUCAGAUGCUGGCCAGUAUCUCGGGCUACCAGUACACCCGGCGGGCCUGGAGGAAAGAGGCCUUUGAGAUGCUGAUGGAGCCCUCCUUCCUCCAGAUGGAUGUGCGCAGCAUCGCCUUCUGGAGGCUCAUCAUCGACAACCUCAUGACCCAUGACAAGACCACCUUCAAAGAUCUCAUGAGCCGAGUGUCCAUCACCCAGACGGGCUCUCUCAACCUGUUCAGCAGCAAGGAGCAAGAGUAUGAGCAAAGGUCCCAAAUGGUCAAGCGUCUUGCCUUCACCAUCUUCUGCAGCGAGACUGACCAGUAUCAGAGGGCUAUGCCCGACAUUCAGGAGCGUCUAGCAGAGUGCUUGCGCCUGCCCCAGGUUCCCUCUGUGUUAUCCCAGGUGUUCCUGUGUUUCCGCGUCCUCAUCCUCCGCAUGUCCCCGCAACACCUGACCUCCCUGUGGCCCACCAUCAUCACUGAGAUGGUUCAAGUUUUACUUCAAGUGGAACAAGAGCUGUCUACAGAAACGGAUGAAUUCAACGAGUAUCUCCGGACACGAACCAGGACACAGAUUCAAAGAAUCGCUGCCUUGGACUCUAGCUGGGCCCACCUUGGCAACGGUCUGAACGCCCACAACAACCCGGCCUGGCUACAGCUCUACCUCAGCGUCUGCAAGCUUCUGGACAUGUGUCUGGUCAUGCCUGCUGACCUUGUGCCUCAGUUUCAACUAUAUCGCUGGGCUUUCAUCGGCACUGCGGGAGAGGAAGACUACCACACGGUUGACCCUGGAGAUGACCCAUCCUGGCGACCCAACCCUCUGUUCACCCCGCACAUUAUCCGUCUCUCUCAGCUCAUCAACAACAAACUGAAGAAACCUGCCUCAUUACUGAAGUCAGAACCCGGCCGGCCCCUAUUGACCCUGCAUCGGCUCCGAUCCCUGGCUGAGCUACAGUCAUUCUUCCACACAGUGUGCCACAUCACCGAGCACGGUAGUCAGGGUACCUCAAUGACAGCCCCAAGGUCGGACCGUAAAGUCAAGGCCACUUUGAGUUCAGGGGCGGCAGCGGCGGCGGCAAGUUCUCGUGCAGCGGCCGAGGGAGGGGACGAGGAGCGUGUGGCGGCCAUGUCGGACCGCGAGUACAUCGAGCACCUUCUGGAGAUCGACUUUCUCGAGCCUUUCAACUGAUCUCUCACGUCUCGACAUUUGGAACGACUUUCACCCUCAUGAUGACACUCAUGUUUGAGACUGACCUUCACCUUGAUGAUGACAGUCGCCUUCUCACUUCCUGGAGCCUUUCAACUCGGUCUUCUCGUCACGUUGGGGACAACCUUCACCUUUUUACUUCCCGUAUAGCCUUUAGACUGAUCCCCUCCCUCUCUUUUGGGACGACCUUCCCCUUCAUAACAGCAAUGGUCAUCACCAUCUGCCAUGAAGACUCACUUACAUUAUGUUGACCUUCACCCUUGAGCUGAGCUCAGUUUGUCAUGCUGAGAGGAGAAAACACGCCAUCGGGGUAAAUAGAAUCCACCUACCCGCCCGCCCGCCUGAUUGCUCGCUCCUUCAAGGGAAGGGAGACCAGAUUUUCAUCAUGCCACGGCGGGUGAAAUGGUGAGGGGCCUUUUUCCGUUGUGUGUAGGCCAGCUUGGGAUCAAGAAGAGUGAAAACAUUGAUGCGGGUGUAAACGUGCAGCGUAAUGUCAUGUAUGUGGAGUUAACAGAAAAGUCUGGAAUUUCCUCGGACGACUGAUCCUUCAUUACAGUAUCGCUUUGUCUGGUGUUGGACAGACGUGCAGUGCCAUUGUUGAUUUGUGCUUCAGUUUGAGUGUUUCACUGUGUCAGGCCUUGUGUGCUGACUUGGUUUUUCAUGUGAUGACAAACUGUCGACUUAGCUUGGAGACUUGACUGUCUAUGUAGGAGAUAUCGCUGUCUGUGUGUCUGAGACUGAGAGAAUGCUGCUCUCUGUUGAUUGAAUGUUAACGUUUGUUAUGUUUCAAGAUGCAGCAGAUAAGCACAGCAAAUACGGAUGUUUCUCUGUUGAAGCUGGCCAUCCUUGAUUACCUCAGCUACUGCUUUCAUUUCCUGAAAAUGCAAGGUUUGAAGGUCAUUGGUUGCUAUGGCAACUGUUCAUCUGUUGGAGAACUACACCCUGACAACCCCCCCACCCACACACUUACCCUGUCAGCUUGUUGUGGCUUGUUGCCAUGAUGGCUUCUCUGAAAACUUCCAACACUAACACUACCAAAGACUUGUGAUAACCUCCCCAGACUUUUGAGCCAUGAAAGUUUGAUUUUUUUUUUCUUUUGUACACCGAUUUAGCUCAAGUCAGGAUUCCUGUUACAUGGUAAUAGAUGUUUUGAUCAAAAUGAUCAAUGACUCUUUUUAUUACUUUUUAAAAAGAAAACAAUAUAUAUAUAUGUGGUUGGAGAGGCUUGUUGGCCUGACUCACUUUGCUGUGUGGCCAUCUAAAAAGGAAAAGAUUUGUCAUGUAGUGCGGACUACACCAAGAGACCAAAGUUCCAGCUUGAAGGAGGUUCACUUCAGGAUAAGUGCUUGCUUUGGGAUUUGAGGUUUGUUUAUUUGGAAGUAAGAUAAGCAAGUCCUGUAGUUCAGAAUUAGACAGACUGUUAAUAAUAAAUAGCUUCAUAUGAAAAUUACUGUUAUAAUUGUUUUUAAUGCGAAGGGGUACUAAAUGUUUAUGUAUUAUUUACAGUCAUUUUUAUCUGAAAAAUGUUGUACUCUAUCAUGAAGUACAAGUGUCAUCGUCAUCAUUGUAAGAAAAGUGAGUGAAUCCCAUUGUCUUAAUGUAUCGUGUAAAACGAGGUUAAACAGAUACACUUCUUUGUGGCUACAGCAAUGACACAUAUAUAUGUCUACUAGUCCUGUGACCUGCUCUUCUCUGAUUCCUGUCAGCCACGAGCAAUAUCUCUGCCGAUGCUCCAAGCCAUAUGUCUCUCGUCAUGUUUUCAAAUUCCUGUCAGUGAAGUCCUGUGCUGCAUCUCCAAGCUGUUUUUCAUGUUCAGAAAGAGCUACUGCAAAUUUGAUAUGAAUUUUUGCUGUUUAAUUUCGCACAAGAUUUAUGUGUAUAAUGAUGAUGUCUGGUCUCUUUAAUUAAGUUUUUAAAUUAUCAAGUGCAUUGUAAAGAGUAUUUUCAAAAAUUGUAUACAAUUACAAGACGAACAUGUUCUUGGAAUCAGUUAUCUAAUCAGAUUAUACAAUUUGAUGGAGGUUGGCAAGCUCUGCUUGAUGAUAUGAAAAAUAUGUCAGAGUGUCCAUAGUGUGUCUUUUGCUCCUUGUGAAAGCUUUAACAUGUUCUUUGAGAGUGGGGGUUGAACAAAGGACAUGUCUUGUAAGACGAAAUGUAACCACGGGAUGGAGGAAGGGGUUUGGAUUUUGACCUAUGUCGAGCAUGUGUCAGAUCAAACAUAAGUAUUGUAUAACAGACAUUCAGAGAGUCAAAUUGAGGCCUCAUUUGUUAUCUUUUUCAUAUUAUAUCUGAGUUUGUGCAUUUGAAUAUAUGAUAUUCCUUUGGCCUUGAAUUUAAUGUGAUUAGAAACUAUAUUGACAGAAUAUGUGUGAGUUGGCACUGCUUGGGUAUGGGGGAUUGUGAUAUGUGUGAUAUGCUUAUAAAUAUUUAAUCAUUUGUCCAUAAUUAUAUGUGAAGAGCUUUAAGUGGCCAAAAAGAUCUGGUUGACUUGGAAGUUAUUUUUUAAGAGGGGGGUUGGUUUAAGGUGGGGGGUUUUUCUUUUGCAAGUCAGCAAAACAGGAUGUCUUUUGUCUCUGUAAUGUGAUGUUAGACUCUUCUCUGUUGCACAUAAAAGCAUUUCUUCGAUUCCCACAUUGGGAGUUCUUUUUAAUCGAUAUCUGUCUGUUAACUGGGGUAUGCUGUGUUCUUCUCAGCUUGGGUUAGCCUUGACAGGCAAGGUCAAAGCAACCUGCGUUGUAAAUGGUCUUAAUUGUGUUGGUGGGCGCCCAUAUUAUGUACAUACCGAUAGAAAGCUACUGUGGUUGAAUUCCAGUGAGCAGUAUUCUAAAGGAUCUGUGCAAUAUUGAGCUGAGUCUAUCACUUGAAAUGAAAGUGCUAUUGGUAUAAGUCAUUAUGAAAUGGUUAAUGUCAAUACAGCAGUUAUUCUUGGUGAUGAUAAGGGAAAGAAUUCUUGUGUCGAUGCUGGUCAUUUUGUCUAUAGUCAUAUGAAAGUACUAUUAAUACAAGUUUUGUAGUAGUAUAGUUUGCGUAGUGUGCUUGAUUAGUUUUAUAGUUGAACCACGUCCGAAUUCUAUGUGUGCUACCUUCGUUACUAAUGUAGUGUUGGGGAGGUUGAUGGGUUUCAGGAAGCGGUCAUAUUUGUGGGUAGGGCUGAUGUUUUACAGAUGAGGGGUUAUGGCUUUUGGGUAGGUAUGAUGUUUUGUAGGUAGAGCUAAUGGUUGAUAAUUAUGGGUGAUUUUUUGUUUGUUUGUGGGUAGAGGUGAUGUUAUAUGGAUAUGGGUGAUGUUUUUUGGGUAGGGGUGAUUUUUUUGUGGGUUGAGGGGAUAUUAUUAAGUAAGAAAAGCUGAUACUCACUGAUAGUUUUUGAGUAGAGGUGACCCUGAUCCUAUAUGGACUGAUCAGUGUAUGGACAACAUAUAAAAGAACCAGAGUGUCUGAGGUUGCGGUAUGCAAUUUCACUAGUGAGUAAUGCAAUGUUAGAGACAUUCUUCUUUGCCUUAAACAUUACUUCAUUUUAAUAUCAAAUUUUUAAGAAUUGUUUCAUUUCUUUUUUUUCUUUGUGUUAAAUUUCAUCCAUUCCAGAUGUUACUGCUGUCAUAUUUAAUUACGAUGUAAGGAUUCAUUUUGUUCCAAUUCAUUAUAAUGGUUUUUGUUUUUGUUCUCUGAAUACGCCAUUUUCUCUUGAUGAGUUUGUUAUUGUAAAUUGUCCUAGUCUUGUUGAUUAACGAUCGUUUCUGUCACUGAUGGAGAGAACUGGAUCUGACUUACACUCUGGGUAUCCUAGAACCUUCUUGGGUGUUCUCAGAGCAGCCCCCAAAUGUGCUGAUUGGACAGACUUGAGGCUGUUAUAUCAGUAAUGUAAUAUAUAGCAGUUCCCACACACUUGCACGAUUUAACUAGAAGGAAAGAGGAAGAUUCAACCUUCUAUGUGGUCCUGCCGGAAGGAUCUCCAACCAGAUUCUACUUUGAACUAUAAACAGAUGGACUUAAAGGUGGAUACUAAGGUGAAGGAGGGGAGCAGCUAUGGAUAUGCGCCGUCUGCGAUCUUCCCAACCUAGUAGACAAAUAGACUAUAUAUAUAUAUAUAUAUAGAGAGAGAGAGAGAGAGAGAGAGAUAUAUUAGUAGUAAUAAACCUAUGAUGGUUCGGGGAACCUUAGUGUUAGGGUGCUGUUAGCACACUAAUGAUACUGAGACUAAAUGUGACUUGCCAAAUUUUAGUCGUACUAAGGGAGGACAAUAAAAUGUAAAGAUUUAUUGCUAUUUCUCUUUGUAAUAUUUAUUGCUUCUUCUCUUGCGUUUUCAGAUUUUAUUCUAUUAUAUUUGCAUUUUGAUGAAGUUGUCCAAUUUGUGUUCUGGAUGUGGGAUAACUAAUACAUACUUAAUGUAAUAUUGAUAUAUG